AUCAUUAGUCUUAUCUGUGGAAGCGCUAUGCGACUGCGUGUGCGUGCGUUCCUCGCAGAAAGAUUGAACAACAAAAAUAAUAUUUCUAAUAAUCGGCUGUAAUAAUAAAUCGUGAAAUUUGAGUGACGUUAGGAGCCUAACUAUAGUACCUAAAUUUAUUAUUUCUCGGUGAAAACUUUCUCAUCACAAAAACUUAUUAUUAUUUUUAAAUUUAUUGAGGUGUCGUCGGAUAAUUUUCUAACAAUAAAACAGCGGCAACUAGCCGCAUUAAAGAUUACCUAAAUAACAACAACGUUAAUUUAACAGCGAUGGUUUUCUUUGCAAUAUUUAGAAAAAUUUUUAGAUGCAAUAAUUCUUUUCUCUGGGGUAUUUUUUUUGCAUCGGCGACAUGGAGCAUAUCUCUUUACCUUUACUGGAUGUUAAGCAUGAGCGGUGAAACCGAUAUAGGUAGCACUGAAAAGAGAAUGCUCUAUAAUCAACCAAACUCGGAGGAGAAGAACCGUAUAAAGAACAAUGACAAAUCUAUUGCAGCAUUAGAAGGGAAAAACUUGCUACUCGACAAACCUAAUGCUGAAGAUGAGUACUCUGGAAAGAUGUGGAGAUAUCAGAAAAGCAAAGCCGAGUACCAAAACAAAUUGCGUCUCAGGGAAACCUAUGCCAAACAUCUCGGAGUCAAGAUAACUGCUCAACCAGAUAAUUCAUUAGAUGACCAGUUCGGGCUGAUACGAAACGCUGAAGAUGUUAAGAUCCGUGAUAACGGAUACAGCGCGCAUGCCUUUAAUACUCUGAUUUCGCAACGAAUCGGCAAUCAUAGGGGAUUACCUGAUACACGAUACAAGCUGUGUCGCAUACAAAAAUAUGCAGACAAACUACCGAAAGCCUCCAUCAUUAUCUGUUUCUUUAAUGAACAUUUUGAGACCCUAAUGAGGUCUGUUCACUCAAUCCUGGACCGUACCGAUCUGAAGGACCUGAAAGAAAUCAUACUUGUGGACGACUUUAGUGAUAUUGAAGGAUUACACGCUCGUGUGCAAAAAGCUGUAAAUGGGUUAAAUAACAGGAUGCGUCGAGAUGAUGAUAUGUUGGAGACGAACAACAUUGAUGUAGAAAACGUUGUUGAUUACAUAAAUGAUGAUAAUGUUGCUGAUAAGCGAACGACUGAGAAGAAUAGAGACGGAUUGAAUAUUAGGCUCCUGAAGACCAAACAGAGGGAGGGAUUGAUCCGAGCUAGAAUUUUUGGUGCCGAAAAUAGUGUCGGUGAAGUACUGGUGUUCCUGGACUCCCAUAUUGAAGUGAAUGUAGAAUGGCUGCCGCCUUUGUUGGAACGUCUCGCCGAGGACGUCGAUGGUAUCAAAGUGAGGUACUCUCAUCGCGCUGUGACCCCUGUCAUUGACGUCAUCAACGCUGACACCUUCGAGUACUCAUCCAGUCCUUUAGUCCGCGGAGGUUUUAACUGGGGCCUGCAUUUCAAAUGGGACAAUCUUCCCAAGGGUACACUGAAAACCACCGAAGAUUUUGUGCGACCGAUAAUAUCUCCUACCAUGGCUGGUGGUCUGUUUGCCAUCUACCGUCAGUAUUUCAAUUACAUUGGAAAGUACGAUCCUGGAAUGAACAUUUGGGGUGGAGAGAACUUGGAACUGUCGUUCAGGAUCUGGAUGUGCGGUGGCAGUCUGGAGCUGAUCCCUUGCAGUCGCGUCGGCCAUGUUUUCCGUAAAAGGCGACCAUACGGGCUUGGAGAAAAGGAGAACUACAUGUUACACAACUCUAUGCGCAUGGCUCGUGUCUGGAUGGAUGACUAUGUGAACAAAGUCAUUGAACAGAAUCCCACGGCUGCUCACAUUGAGAUUGGUGAUUUGACUGAGAGGCAUGAGCUUCGUAAACGCCUGAACUGCAAGCCUUUCAAAUGGUACCUCGAUAACAUUUACCCUGAACUCGAGAUGGGCGGUGACUCGGUCGAUAAGAAGAGAGUGGCCGCGCUCAAUGAUGCCGAGAAGAAUAAGUUCCAGCCGUGGCAUUCCAGAAAGCGCAACUACACAGAUUCUUACCAAAUUCGUUUGAAAAACACCUCUCUGUGCAUUCAGAGCUCAAAGGAUAUUAAGACUAAAGGCAGUGGCCUGAUCCUUGGUAAUUGCAUCAGGACAUUAAAUCAGAUUUGGUUUGAGACAAGUCGUAGCGAGUUGGUACUUGGUCGCACCCUAUGUCUUGAUGCCUCUAACAAUGUGGCCCCAAAACUAGGCAAAUGCCAUGAACUGGGUGGAUCCCAGGAAUGGAAACAUAAGGGCUCGGCUGGCAGUCCUGUUUACAAUACUGCCGCUGGCAUGUGCCUGGGCGUGGACCGGCCUUACCGUGGCGAGCCCAUUAUAAUGGUCAUUUGCGACAACCAGCCCACCAACCAAUGGGACUUCGUCCGAACCUAAAUGCCAACAAGUCGACGUGCCACCGAUACGAUAAUUAUUUCAUAAGUACUCUAUACACUUACCCAUUGAUAUUGAAAUUUACAUUUCGUUGUGAUUAGGCAAUAUAAACGAACCGAGCUUUUUAGAAAUAGAGCUAGGCAGAUGGUUGUUGUAAUUCGAUGUAAUUUUAUGCACUUAAGCAGUUAAUUUCUAAUAGUAGAGAUACAUGUUCUGUAGACAAUUUUGAAUCAAACAUUGAUAUUAUUUAAUAUAAUGAUCUCAUACGAUAUAUUGAUAUUUGCGAAUCUCUUCUUUGCCAACUUGAUACAUACGUAUUAUUUUAUAUAUGACUCUAUAUUAUUAUGUAACAUUUCAAGAUAUAUUAUACAAAUUAUUUUAGAUUUAGUUGUUAGGUAUUAGUUUUAAGAACAAAAUGACUUGAUUUUAUGAAACUGACUACUGUAAAUCUCUAUGCGACUGACCCGAAUAAGUGAAUGAAUGCAUAAUACCGCGCUCAAAUACCAGUUGCUACGGUUCUGUUGCCCGUGACCGGAAAUCUCUAUUGGCUCUCAAGAUCAAAUUGCCUCUUUUAAACUAUUGUCGAGAAUGGUCAUUAAAGUCUACCGGAAAAACCUGUCUAGACCAAAUGGGCCUAUCACCAACCUGUAAUAUAAGGCUAUUUUGCAAUUGUGAAAGAGAUUCAAUCAUUGUUAUCUUGUGCGCUGUCUCGCUCUAGGCCUAAAUACGUAAAUCACAAUAAUAUCCCAGUACCUAUUAAACAGCAAUUUUUGCAGGAAUUUUCUUGCUUUGACAACUCGGAGAUUUUUAGUAGUUGGUUAUAUAUUAGGUAGUUGUCUGUGUUCCCAGUUAAGCGUAGCUCGCAAAGCUUUAUACCGUCCUCAUUUAUUGAUUUGUUCCUAUAAUUAGUUGUUCUUUUUUGAGUUUCUUAUGAAAGACAUUCGAUAUCAUUCCUUUACAUUUUUAUUUACUUUUAGUAAAACUGAUUUGAUUGUAAUUAAACACGUUUAGUAAAAAGUUCGUUGUGUAGAGUCCUGCCAUAAAUUGAAUAAGUAAUAUGACGAAAAUAAUUGGAAAAAUUAAAAACUGUAGGACAUCUGAUUGGUCGAAUUUCAAGUACUUUUUGUUGUUUAAUGUACAUUUAUCUAACAUAUCAAAGUACCAAAAGCAAUGUGUUGUAUUCAUAUUUUAUUAAAAUCCGUUGAGAAUAAUAAUAUACGACACUUGAAACAGUGUCAUGUAAUAGUUAUUUUUAUUUAAAUAUUUUUGUGCAGCAAUAUAUUGUAAUUAUUUUUGAUAGAUUCUUUAUUUUGCCUGUUUUAUUUUGAGUCAUAUUUCGGCUUUAUAAAUGUUAAUUUUAAUCAAGAUAAUUUUGAUAUUAUUUUUCUAACCGUAUUUAUAAUACACUCUUCAUAAUAUAUAUGUUAUUUAUCUAUACCUUUAGGGACAUUUGUACACGUGUUACGUACCUACAUUGUUGUACCUUUUUACAGCCGUUUACAUUGUAUUAAUAAUCGUUAGUAUUAAGCAUACUGAAUGUACCUUCUUUACCGUAACUAUAUUAGAAGUAGUGUUCCAGUAUUUAGACAUGUAUACAUCUUAUUCAUAACCGCUUUGUUACCUAAACAGUUACUUAUAACAAUAAACAGUAUAUUAUGACAUGAAACAUGACGUUUUGUAAUAUUUUAAGUUGUUAAUAGAGUCAGGAAAUUGCAAUAGUUGGCACGAAAAUUUAAUCGAAGUCUUAAAAAAGUUGUCUCUUGCGACGAAUCUUCUUAACAUUAUUAUUGAAUAACAGUAGCUCGAAUAUUUUGUUAGUUAUGUCCUCGAAAAUAUGUACAUCUUAAGACUUAAUACUUAGUAUCUAUUUUUAAACAUUGGUUGUUUCUAUUUUGACGUAUACCGUCCGGUAAAUUCUGGCCAACAUUAGGUUUAUGACUGAUAAGUUAUCUUUUGUCCAGCGCAAAGGCCUCUCUUCAAAUAUAUAAUGUUUUUAAAUGUAUACAUUAGUACAUAUUAAUUUUAUUUAGCAGCUAUUACUUCUUAAUUAACAUCACAAUUAACAACACAACUUAAGUUUUAAUAAGUUAUAUGUAGAAUAAAUUGUAGUAGAGUUUUAGUAUUUACCAAGCAAAGGUAUAUUUGUGGCCAAUGUUUUAUUUUUCUGUGUAAAUUUGAUUUUAUUAAGACUUAUUGUUAUUUAGAGUUUGUCUAUGUCACAUUAGGUUCUGCGUAUAAUAUGGCUGAUAUCAUAAAAUGUUCAGCCAGAUAUUCUAAAUUUAAAAUUAAUUAGUAUGUAUAACGAUUAGGUGCAUAUCAAGUUUAUAUAUAUAUACUUGAAUAAAAACAACUUAGUGAAUAAUUUCGUUUGAAUUAUCGUUUGGAACAGUAAAAAAACCUUUAUAUAUCCAUAUGACCAAAUUUAUUCACAUUCAGGGUAAAAUUAAAAUUUCUAUGAUAAUUCGUACUCUUCGUACUAUAUUUUAUACAUUAUAUCAAUAGUUCCGUCCUCUUCUUAUCCUAUUGCUUUUGUCUCUCUCUCUUAAUAUUUUUAAUUUAAUUAUACCAGUACCUAUCCGCCAAAUGAUAAGAAAUUUCUUUAAAAGAAAAUGAUAAUGACAAGUUAAUAAUUAUGGACAAUAUUUCUUGUUAUACAGGGUGUGUAAUGCGAAGUCAUAAUCUAAAUAAAGCUGUCAGAAGGGAUGAACAACUAUCGAGAAAGGAGUAUUUAAUUGUCAAUUUGACAAGAUAUAUACAUUUGCCAAGCUGAUAUUUAUAAUAUGACUUCGUAUUUUAUAACAGCCUAUGUAAACUAAUAUUGAGUGACUGUAAUCAUGGUCUGUAAAUUGUCGAGACUAGAAAAGGCAAACAUGAUAUGCCUUUUCGUUUUUUUAUAAUUUUAAUAUCUGCGUACUAUUGUACACGGAUUCUUUGUUUAUUUAAAGUAAGCUUUGUGAAGUCAUGGAGGGGUUAAAGCUCUCGGUAUGUGAGGAAAAGGGAAAUGUUAUUUUUAAAUCUUUUAUUUAGAUAUAUUAUACAAUUAUUGUAUAACAAAAUUUAUAUUUUAGAGGGAUUUUUGGCGAGCGUGAUUUGAGAGUAGGUAAUACUAAUGGAUUUAGGGAUAGGUAGGUAUAUAAAAUCGCGCUAUCUUUGUAUUUUGAUUGUCCCCCACUAUGUAACAUUUUCUUUUUCUACUUUAUUAUUCGUCAACUGAUUUAAAGCACUGUUAAAACAAGAUAUUUGUAUUCGAGACUGUCAUUUGAAUACAUUAUGAGAUUUAAUAAUACACAUGUUAUUUGUGAACGUUUAGAACAAAAAACUAUAUUGUAGAUAGUUUCAAAACGGUUACUAAAUAAGUAUUUGAUGGUAAUAGAAUAGAAAUAAAUUAAAUUUUCGAUGUCUAUUGUAUUCUGGAUAGUAGAUAAAAUAAAGUGAUCUAUGUGGUAA